UCUGCGUACUAUGAUGUAAUCUUUGAAAGAAUAGAAACUGUGCCUGGUGAUGACGGACAGUCUGCUUUAGAUGCAAGAACAGUGAGAGUUAAAAAAUUCAAUAGAACAACAUAUGUCAUAAACGGAGGAUGGAUCGUAAGAAAACCUCUUGGAAAAAACACUACCACAAAUAUGUCAGGAUUCUACUUUGAUGGGGGUGAAUAUAAAAUAUUUUUCAGCAAGGUUUUCGAUUUCUGCGAAUUUAGGACCUUUCCCGGACAUAAAGAAAUUCUUGAAGACUUUGAAGCACACACAACAAAUCCAGUACCUCCAGAAGUUUGUCCUCAUCCAGCAAUGGACAAAGAAGUAGUUAACUAUGCUUUGAAAGAAGAACAUUUGAAUUUUAUCCCACCAGGUUUACCAGGGGAACAGUGGCGAAUGAAUGUUAAAUUAGGGGAAGAUGGCGUCGAUUGGGGUGGGGUUAAUAUUUACAUAGUAUUAAAAAAAUAUAAAAUUUUUCCUAAAAAAGGUGAUACUUAA